AUGAAUCGUUUCACCAACGACAUCCCCGCUAAUUUGGAUAUUCUCGGAAGUCGUCUCACCUUCAAUUCGGGUAAAAUCGCCGCGAAUCGAUUCCUGAAGGCUGCACUCACUGAGAGACUUUCGUCCUACGAACCUUCGAAUCCAACUAGUCACGGAAUUCCGUCGGAUAAACUGAUAAAUUUAUACGAGAAGUGGGGAAAUGGUCAAUAUGGAAUGAUUUUGACUGGAAAUGUUAUUGUUGAUAGGGUAGGGGUUUUUUUUGUGCAUUUUUGGAGGUAGGGCCCUUAACUUUUGAAAAUUUCGGAGAAUUUGAUGGCUUUAGAGGCCAAAAACCCACAAAAUUUGGUUUGGGGGUUAACUUUAGGUGCAUUUUUGGAGGUAGGGCCCCUCAAGGGUAGUUAAUGUAUGAACCCGGUAAAAUCUAUAUAGGAAAGAAAGUUCGCUCUAUCGCACAUAUAAUUUAUAUGUGUGUACUUCUCUCGGAGUUCACGUCCAAACAUUUAUUUAUUGUUUAAGGUAUAUCUGACGCACAAUUGCAGACUUGAUUUUUCACGUACUUAGAAACCCCCCCCCUGUAUAGUCAUUGUAAUAUGAUGUAAAUUCCAGACAAACCUCGAAUUCGCAAAAAAUGCUAUAAUUUUCAAAGAAGGUGAAUGUGAAAAACGCCGUGAAAUGUUCAAAAAAUGGGCAAAAGUAACGAAACAAGAUGAUGCUUUGGCAAUCGUCCAAUUAUCACAUGCCGGAAGACAAACUCCAAUUGCAGUUGAGCGAAACCCCUACUCAGCAUCAGAUGUUCAAUUAGUCACCGAUACACCAACUCCAGCAUAUGGGAAACCGAGAGCGUUGACAAUUCAACAAAUUAAGAGUGAAGUUAUUGAUAGAUUUGCGUACGCAGCCAAAUUUGCGUAUGAAACUGGAUUUGAUGGUGUUCAAUUGCAUGCUGCUCAUGGAUAUUUGUUAUCUCAAUUUACAUCGCCAACAACUAAUAAACGAAAUGAUCAUUAUGGUGGAAGCUUGGAAAAUCGGAUUAGAAUUAUUCUUGAAAUCUAUGAUGCAAUAAGAGCGCAAGUUCCAAAAGAUUUUAUCGUUGGAAUCAAAUCAAAUUCCGUCGAAUUUCAAUCUGGUGGAUUAACGGUUGAAGACGCAAAAGAAAUUUGUAGGAAAUACGAGAAAAAAGGUUUCGAUUUUGUCGAAUUAUCCGGUGGAACUUAUGAAAAAUUAGCAUUUCAUCACACACGUGAAUCCACUAAACGACGAGAAGCGUUCUUCUUGGAAUUCGCCGAAACUAUUAGACCGGUUUUCAAAAAUACUAUCGUCUACUUAACUGGUGGAUUCCGCUCUGCAAAUGCGAUGGUUGAGGCGAUUGAAUCCGAUGCAACACAAGGAAUCGGUUUGGGUCGACCAAUAACAUCAGAACCUGACCUUCCGAAGAAGAUUCUAUCGAGACAAGUGGCUUCUGCGCCAAUUUCGCUACUCGACCAGAGUGAUACAUGGUUGACGGUUUUGGGAAGUGUUUCACAAAUGGAGCAAAUGAGUCGGAAAUCAUUGAAAGAAGCUGAUAACAAGUAGGUUCGAAAAAAAACGUUUUUUAACGUUAAGAAAACCAAAAAAAAUUAUUUCCGAACGUUUUAUUCAUUUUUUCACAAUUUUCUUAACACACUGAAUGAAGUGAAGCUACAAGUGUUCAGAAAUCCCAUUUCAAGACCUUCUAAUCAGCCUAAACGACAAAUCAAGCCUGAGAUCUCCCAAAAAAGUAAAAUUGGUGAUUUUCGAAAAAUUUCGAAAAUCAACCAUUUGAUUUUGAAGGCUUGAUUUGUCUUUGUGCGGUGUCCAAAGCAGAAAAAAAGCGAAAAAAUAACGUCCAAAGCAUUUUAAAGUCAAACGGUCUAUUCCUCUCGUUUACACACACUAUUUCUCUGUUCGUUGCGAGACCCGUUUGCAUCGCCUUUAUGAAAAUGAAGAAGGAAAUGCGAGCAUUGGACGUUUUUUCUGUUUUUUUCUGCUUUGGACACCGCAUUAAGAAUCAUUGAAAGAGUUUGGGACGAUAUUUCUGGACCAUACAUCCGGGGACCCUUGAGUUAACCCCCAAAUAAAUUAUGUGUGCGAUAGAGCGAAUUUUCUUUCCUAUAUAAGUUUUACCUGGUUCAUACAUUAACUACCCUUGAGGGGCCCUACCUCCAAAAGGCCUAAGGGCCCUACCUCCAAAAAUGCACCUAAAGUUAACCCCCCUAACCAAAUUUUGUGGGUUUUUGGCCUCUAAAGCCAUCAAAUUCUCCGAAAUUUUUAAAAGUUAAGGUUUUUAGCUUCACUUUAUUCAGUUUGUUAAGAAAAUGGUGAAAAAUGAAUAAAAAUACCGUUCGUAAAUCACUUUUUUGGUUUUUUAACGGCAACAUCAACUUUUUCUUAUAGCGUCAUGUCAGAAAUAAGUGAUUUUUCUGAUCCUUCAACAAUUGAACGAUAUUUGGAAGCUGUCAAGAAGUUUAGAGAGAAAGGAACUCCAUCAAAUGAUAUGUUACUUUUUGAUUAG